AUGGACUUUGUCGACCCUGAGCCUGUCGUGUCACUAGAGCCUGUUAUUGCUCCUGAUCCUGUACCGGUGCAUGACCCUGUUCUUGUGGAUGCACCAGCCCUUGCACCACCUAUGGUUGAUAUUCCCAUUGUUGCGCCACCAGUGGCGGAUGUUCCCGUUGCUGAUGCACCCGCUCUUACACCACCCGCUGUCGACCAUGCACUAUUUGCCACGCAUGUCGACCCUCGAUACGCCGACACCCACAACGGGUGGAUCGACGAUGAUGAUUAUCCCUCGUUUGUGCUACCAGUCACCCCUCCUAUAGCACCUGUUUCCGCACCUACUGAUGUUCCAUUUUUCCACCCACACACCUCUGAUGUCCAUUGCACUGAUCUUCCUAUCACAUUCCUCCAGGAUAUACCUCCACCUCGUCCUGGGGAGGGUUCGUCGAGGCAGCAGCCUGCUUUUGCUCCACCUGUAUCGUCAUUUGUUCCGUUCAUGUCCCAGUUCCCUCACACUACACCAUCUUUUGUACCUUCGGGUGAGCCGUUUCUGUGGGCUUCGCCCAAUGUUAUGCCGUUAUCAGACCCAUAUCACCCGUUUCAUGUCGGUUAUACCAAAGAUGACAUACUGAUAUCUCUACAGCUACAGCAGGACGCACUGAGUCGUCGCAUUCAGGAGUUAGAGAGGACUCCACAUCCUCCCCCGUGUCACUGUCAGACUCCUUUUGCCGCACCGCACGCUCCUCUUCCGCUACCCCCUGAUUCGGAUGUUCGCUUCCUCACAUCUGAGCAGCAGAUUGCCUAUUUGCUGCGCGUUAUUCAUGCCCUUGAGGAGGAUUGGGUGCACAUGCGCCGUUUGCUCUUCUCUCAUCUUCCUCCUCCUCCUCCUCCUCCUCCGCCAUCAGUGUAG